AGGUUCCUGCGGGACAUCCCGUCGGAGCUGGCGGCGUUGGGCUUCACCUCCAUACAGGUGACUUACUUUACCUCGCUGUCCAGACAACAGGAGUUUGAAGGAAAUACCAAGAGUGUGAUCCCACUCUUCUCUGUAACAUAUUUCUUGACAAUAACCUUUUCCAUCGUCUCUUGCCUAAGACUGAGCUGUAUAAGAAAUAAUGUCUGGCUCGCGUGCUGUGGAGUGGUUUCUGCCGGUUUAGCUGUAUUAAGCAGCUUUGGAUUGAUGCUCUUCUGUGGAGUGCCGUUUGUGGUCACUGUAGCAAAUGCACCAUUUCUUAUUCUAGGAGUUGGUGUUGAUGACAUGUUCAUCAUGAUCGCUUCCUGGGAACAAAGUACAAGAAAAAAAGAGAAAUCCAACGUUAAAUCUCUGCUGGCCGAGACUUACGCCGAAGCAGCACUUUCUGUGACCAUCACCACUCUCACAGAUGUUUUGGCCUUCUUCAUUGGCACCUGGACUGCUUUUCCAUCCGUGAGAUCAUUUUGCCUCUAUACAGGCACUGCUUUUGUCUUCUGCUAUAUAUAUACCAUGACCUUCUUUGGGGCAAUUAUUGUAUUAAAUCAUAAAAGGGAGCAAGGAAACCGACACUGGCUAACUUGUAUGCCUGUGGGAGUAGACAAAGAUCAGGCUGAGAAGUCCUGCUUGUACAAUGCUUGCUGUAUAGGCACCUGUUCUAGGGAGUCAUCUCAGCUAGAAAGUGAACAUCCAAUGAGCAUCUUCUUUAAAAAGUAUUAUGGCCCCUUCUUCACAAAUAAAUGGAUCAAGCUACUUGUGGUGUUGCUGUACGGAACAUAUUUGGGUGGCAGUAUCUAUGGAUGUACUCAGAUCAGGGAAGGCAUUGAUCUUCGAAAUCUGGCGAAUGACGACUCUUACGUUAUUCCAUACUAUGAUGACAACGACAAAUACUUCUCAGCAUAUGGACCCAGGGUCAUGGUUGUCAUUACUGAAAGUGUAGAUUACUGGAAUGAGACUGUUCGUCUUGGCAUUGAGCACUGCAUGCAGAAUUUAGAGGGCAUUUCCUAUGUAGAUAAGAACCUCUCAGAGUCAUGGCUGAGGGUAUACACAAAACUUGCUGAACGUGGUUUGAUAAAAAUAAACAAUAAGACCCUUUUCAUUAGUAACUUACCUACACUGUUCCAAAUUGUUCCCAGUUUUGAGUGGGACAUUAACAAGACUCAGGAUAAAAUAGAAGCUUCACGUUUCUUCAUCCAGACGGUGAAUGUGACCUCAGCCAUUGAUGAGAAGAAUCUUCUCAAUCAGUUAAGAGAGACAGCUAAGCAGUGCAGUAUUUCAUUAAUGGUGUACCACCCGGCGUUCAUCUACUACGAUCAGUACCUGGUGAUAGUGCAGAACACCAUUCAGAACAUUGUUGUUGCUGCCGGGGCAAUGCUCAUUGUCUCCCUUUUGCUUAUUCCCAACCCGUUGUGUUGCUUGUGGGUGACUUUUGCUAUAGCUUCUGUUAUAGUUGGUGUCGCUGGUUUCAUGACAUUUUGGAACGUCAAUCUAGAUUCCAUAUCCAUGAUCAACCUGGUCAUUUGUAUAGGGUUUUCAGUAGAUUUUUCAGCUCAUAUUUCCUAUGCCUUUGUUACGAGUGGAGAGUCGUCUGCCAAUAAAAGGUCAAUCGAAGCUCUGUCCCUGCUAGGUUACCCCGUAUUACAAGGUGCAGUUUCUACUAUACUGGGAGUAGUUGUCCUGGCUGCAGCAAAAACCUACAUCUUUAGGACAUUUUUCAAGAUCAUGUUCCUUGUUAUUUUGUUUGGGGCUCUUCACGGUCUUGUUUUUAUUCCGGUGUUUUUAACCUUUUUUGGAAACUUUGGCAGAUCACCCCACAAUACCAAAUCUAAAAGACUAGAGCUUAGGUUUAGAAAUGAUAAAGAUUGUCCAUGA